CACCCGUCCAGCAACCCACGUCGAGUUCAACAGGGAUGGCCAUGGGGGUAGGCCCCACGGAGUCCAAUUCGACAGCCAUGGCUGGGGCGGGUGGCAAUGUCGAAGGCAUGACCGUCAGGGGCAGUGGGCAGACUGAAGCGGAGGCGUCGGCUACCGACGCCGUUCCACAGGCCCCGGUGGGCUGCUCCGCAGAUGCCGAUGGCUCCAAAAUGCUGCAGUGA